CCCCGCGGCGCUGAGCCCUCCUUCUCCUCGUGCCUCCCAGAACCUUCCAGUGUGAAUCUGUCCGAGCAGCGCUGCAAAGAUGAUGGGCCAGCAGGUUUUAGUGCUCAACCAGAACAUUAAGAGAGAGUCAGGACGUAAAGUCCAGGCUGGAAACAUCAACGCUGCAAAGACCAUUGCCGAUGUGAUCCGGACCUGCCUCGGCCCCCGGGCCAUGAUGAAGAUGUUGCUGGACCCCAUGGGAGGAAUCGUGAUGACCAACGAUGGAAAUGCCAUCCUCAGAGAGAUCCAGGUCCAGCAUCCUGCCGCCAAGUCCAUGAUCGAGAUCAGCCGCACGCAGGACGAAGAGGUCGGAGACGGGACCACUUCAGUCAUCAUCCUGGCUGGAGAGAUGCUGUCUGUAGCUGAGCAGUUCCUGGAGCAGCAGAUGCAUCCGACCAUCAUCAUCAGCGCCUACCGCCAGGCUCUGGAGGACAUGCUUGACACGCUGAAGGAGAUCAGCACCCCAGUGGACACGUCGGUCCGCUCCAUGAUGCUGAAGAUCGUCCACUCGGCCAUCAACACCAAAGCUCUGAGCCGCUGGUCCGAGCUCGCCUGCAGCAUCGCGCUGGACGCCGUCCGCACGGUGGAGCGCGAGGACAACGGACGCAAAGAGAUCGACAUCAAGAAGUACGCCAAAGUGGAGAAGGUACCCGGGGGGAUCAUCGAGGACUCGUGCGUGCUGAAGGGUGUGAUGGUGAAUAAAGACGUGACUCACCCCAGGAUGAAGCGUAUGAUCAAAAACCCCCGAAUCAUCCUGCUGGACUGUUCUCUGGAGUACAAGAAGGGGGAGAGCCAGACUGAUAUAGAGAUCAGUAAGGAGGAAGACUUUGCCAGGAUCCUGCAGAUGGAGGAAGAAUACGUCCAGCAGAUCUGUGAGGACAUCAUCCGCCUGAAACCAGACCUGGUGUUCACCGAGAAGGGGAUCUCAGAUCUGGCGCUGCAUUACCUGGUGAAAGCCAACAUCACCGCCAUCCGCCGCGUGAGGAAGAGUGACAACAACCGCAUCUCCAGGGCGUGCGGCGCCCGUAUCGCCAGCAGGACCCGUGAGGAAGAGCGGUACGGGGCGUGAGGAAGAUCGGUGACGGUGCUGGGGACCCCAAAGGGGGCACCAUCCUUCUGAGGGGGCCAGCAAGGAGAUCCUGGCUUACUGGGGGGCACCAUCCUUCUGAGGGGGGCCAGCAAGGAGAUCCUGGCUGAAGUGGAGAGGAACCUGCAGGAUGCCAUGCAGGUGUGCCGUAACGUGCUGCUGGACCCCUUCCUGUUGCCGGGGGGGGGGGCCAUAGAGAUGGCGGUCUCUAAGCGCCUGAUGGAGAGGUCCCGGGCCCUGACCGGCAUCGAACAGUGGCCGUACCGCGCCGUGGCCACCGCCCUCGAGGUGGUCCCGCGCACCCUCAUCCAGAACUGUGGAGCCUCCACCAUCAGGGUGCUGACAUCACUCAGGGCCAAACACACCCAGGAGAAGAGUGUGAACUGGGGGGUGGAUGGAGAGACCGGCUGUCUGGCUGAUAUGAUGGAGCUGGGCAUCUGGGAGCCUCUCGCUGUUAAAGCUCAGACCUACAAGACAGCCAUGGAGACGGCCAUCUUGUUGCUGCGUAUCGAUGACAUCGUCUCCGGUCACAAGAAGAAAGACAAAGACGAGCAGAUGGGAGGACAGGGAGCCGAGUAGACCCCCCAGGGUCCAGGUCUACGUCAGAGUCACUCAGCGGGGGUGUGUGUGUGUGUGUGUGUGUGUGUGUGUGUGUGUGGGGACCAGACGACUCGCUGCAACUUAAUAAACGGUCAAUAAAGUGAAAGUUAUAAACUA